UUUUUUUAGUUCUAAAAAUUAGAAAAAGAUGAAAAGCAAGUUAAACCGAGAUUAAAAUUUACAUUGGUGGAAUCGGACAUAAAUCUUGUGUCAAUUCUGCGAUCGUGAUUUAUUUAAAAAAAUUCUUUAGCAUUGACCGUUGUGAUUAGACACAUCCGGUGAUUAGACACAUCCGAUGAUUAGACAUCUCCGGUGAUUAGACACCUCCGGUGAUUAGACACCUCCGGUGAUUAGACACCACAUGUCUAAUCACAACAUAAUCAAACAUGACACUGGGAGCAAGCGACACAGUUGAUCUGUGUCUUCUGUGCUGAAAAGCUCCCGCUCUCUUCCAUUUUGAUUGGUCAAGAUUCACGCGAUCAGAAUUCAAUGACGUUUGACUAUCUACAUUACAUAAUCGGAAAUAAUCCACGAUCAAUAUGGCACUUUGCGACAUUUCGCGGGAGGAUCAAACGUUGACGCUGCGUUAGAUAUUCAGACGUUUUCGCAUUUUGCGAGUGAUUCGAUGUGAUAUUUUUUUAGUUCUUUUUACAGCUGAUGAGCCGAACUGGAAGUUCGCCAGAGUGCCGACAAAAUCGCGAGUAUGUCGCGAAUAUCAGAAAGAAUUUCCGGAAUCCUGAGGUUGGCCGAUAGCACGAAAGUGACAGAGAGAAAGAAAUGUGUUACUGAAUUAUUGGCCUUGUAUCAAGAUGAGGAAGCUAUUAUGGAGAUAUGUCAGAACACAAAAAAGAAUGAUAUAGGAAAGGCCAAUUGGCCCUAUAUUAUGCUUACAAUCCACAAACUAAUUAUCGAUGAAGCACAAAAACCUGGUAAAGAAACGAGUGCCAAGAACAAUGAGAGACAGUCACUCAGUAAUCUGAUGACAGACACAAUUCGUCGAGCAAUUGAAAAAUCAGCUGAGUAUUUAAAAAGCAGCGAUAUAAUUGCUAUGAUAUUACAAAUAUUGGAUUCUAACAUCUAUAUGCAUUAUCAAGAAACAUAUCUGGGAAUAUUGGUUAAAUAUAUACUGCCCAAAAGUAUAAAUCAUAGCAACAUUUCAGCAGAACAAUGGAGAGAACUUUUGAAUGUUUGCACUAAGCUAUACAAAAAGACACAUCUCAAAAGUCACAUUAUAUUAGAUGCAUUGCAAAUGAUUGUAGAUUAUUCCUUCUUGCAUACAAACUUGCUUCCUUAUGUGAAAAGUUUGCUGUUGUUUCUGGAGAGGAUUUUCGAGAAUGUAAAAACGAACAACGAGCAAUUGAUAGAAUCUUUCUAUAAACUCAGCAGUAGCGUGUGUAAACAAAUCAUGACAGAAUCCAGAAUUGCGCUCUGCAGAUUUAGCGAAAAUGUAUCAAUGGAUAUCCUACGUUUGAAUGGUUCUGAAGAAAAAUAUAGGCUACUAUUAAUCUUCAUGCAGAUUCAUUAUCCAGAAGGUAUUUCCAGACAGGAUGAUGGUGCUUACGCCUAUGACUGGGAUAAAUGGAACGACUUACUGCGUAGCAUGUAUAUACUCAUUCAAGAGAAUUGUAAAUUAGAUGUACAAUGGCGUAGUUUUGUCCAGUUUGCCAGUGAAGUUGUGAAACAAUUAAUAGAUAAUUCGAUAAAUUUUACUUGUUCUGUCGACGGCUCCCAUUUUCAGUCAGCUAAGCGCAGACGAACGAUAAAGAAAAUCGAAAAUGUUGUUGAUCUGGUAACAGAAAGCAGCCCCGAGGAAAUAUGGCCAUUGUUGAGAAUUGUAACCGAAACAUUAAGAAAAUAUCCGCAAUGUUUGAAGUCACAAGAUCUUGCACUUUUGCUGCAACGCUUAACGGAACUCGCUCAGUCUCGAGACGAGUCUGUCAUGGAUAAUUUAUAUAAUUUGGCCAUUGUUCUCAUGGAGAACGAGAUGUCCAAUGGAGAAGAAGUGCAGGAUGCCACAAUUCAUUGGAGCAAAAUUUGGGAUAUGUUACUUAGAUCUCUGGGAGCAAAUCAAAAUGAGGAAUCAGGUCAUUCAUUAAUUCGAUGCUUUAUAAAACACGGCAGGAUGCCAAACGUGAAUGCUCUCCUUAGAUUGUACCUGACUAAGGCGAUCCGCUGGUCGCCGAAUAGUGUGCGCACACUACGAUAUUUGUGUGAGCGCGUCUCCUUGCCGGUAGACGCAUCAACGUCGAUGCUAGAUCCAUCGCCCUCGACGAUGAUGGCGCCGAUCUGUGACAGAACACGUCUUUUGGAAUGGCUCUUGAAUGCAUCGUGGCAAAAGCUGGCAACACGAUUAUCCGUCGAGACUAUCGAAGAUGUCUGUACGUUAUCAGUAGAUCUUAUUUUGAGCUCUCGUUACAAACAGAAUGCCAAGACAGAGCCGAAAUACUCGCAGAAUCGCGAGGAAACGCGCGUAACUUUCGUACCACAUCGAGACAUUCAUUCGACGGAUCUUUCGCGACUCUGUCACGCGUCUUUGACGUUCAAGUUGGAGUUAUUAGUGAAAUCGAAGGAUAAACGCAUCAAACGAAGUUCUGAGAUGAAAUUCAGCAGUGGAAAUCCUGUCUCAUAUGUACAGGAAGCACUCAAUUUCCUAAAGAAACGGCUAUAUGCUAUUCUUCAAGAGGAAGAUUUUAGUAACGUGAAUAAAAAUGUAGUUGAAGUCCACAUCGUACUAAUAAAGCUCGCGUUUUUAGCGAGAUUGCUGUCUGCUCUAAAGCAGUUGGGCAUUCUUAUAACGGAAGAUACUAUCGGUUGCUAUCAGCCACUGAUUGAUAUAAUGGAGAGACAACUAAAAAACAGUUUCGAAAUUCUGACGAAAAUCGAUUGGGCUAGGUGUAAACAUAUAUACUUACUAAGCAUAACCAGAGCAUUAGGCAUGCUCUAUGGAGCGAUUUAUGAUGUGGAAAUAGCCAGAAUAAUUGUCUCUGCAUCUACAGUGGACAUGUUCAAAAACAUAUUCGACUUGCUAAAUCUAGAAGACAGUCGUUGCAACUACGAGUAUUAUGAGGAACGUAGUACUUUUCAGGGAAGACGCAAGCGUUCUGUCAACAUGUACCUCGAGACUUCAGAUCCGAAACCGAAUCCACGCGAGGAUGCAAUUUGUCUACAGAUCGUAGAGGCUCUAGCAUCCUAUUGCGCUUUACACAUUGAUGCGGAUUGUGGCAAGUCCCCGGUGCAAACGAGGAUGUUGCGUAAUCUAUUGACCAUGCAUCAGGACUUUACGAAUUAUGUGGACUCCAGGAUGUCGCUGACGAUUCUCGAAUCGCUCAUCGUACGCGAUUACAACGAGAUCCAGCGUGAAUGCACGGACAUGCCAUUAGAAUUUCUGCUGAAGGUGUGCCAGGAAGGUUGCAAAGACGAGGAAUUAUUACGACGACUAUUGAACCUACUGCCUUAUUUCUUUGAAUACUCGACCAAGCACAGCUAUUCACCUAAAGAAAUCGUUUACGCUCUCGACCAGCUCUACAAGCGCAUUAAAAAGCGAAACUAUAGCAUUCUCGUACAUACGAGUUACAUGAAGUGCGCGUGCAGUUUUGUACGGAUCGAUCCAGGCUUUUCAUGGAAUUGUACCGACAUUUCUGACAGCAACGAUGUUCUGACAUUGUUUAAUAGUAUUCUCAAUUAUAUCAGCGAUCCACUUUUUGUGCUCCGUUCGCAAGCGAUAAAAUGCUUACAGGAGCUUCUGUCUUUUAGAAAUGUUGCUCACAAGUGGAAAGAACUAAUCUUUGUCAAGAUAGAGGAAAUAGCGUUUGAGCUGCUAGAUGAAACGGUUCAGCAAUCAAAUCCCAAUUCGCAAAACAGUUUGACAGAGAAUCUACAACAGGAUGAAAAAGAAACCAGAACGAGUAGUGCCUUAAUUGCGCUGGUCUCAGUGGUGUGUGCCAACGGGAUCCUUCAAGGUCGUGCCUUAUGCUCUAUAUUACGAUUGGCGAUGAAGAAGGAAGUGAAUGUACAUACGGUGCGGAAAGUUCUCUCAGCAGCGGCGCAAUACACGACAACGUAUGUGUCACUCAUCGAGGAUAACUUAAAUUAUUUGCUAACCUUCUGGAUCGAGAAAGCGCAUUAUGAAUUGCAGAGCUUUCCAUGGACACUUGCGGGAUGCGAGACUAUAAACGAAUUCUUUAGAAGAAAUAUCAACCACAUUAUUCCGAUCUUAUUGCGCACGUCAGAUAUCAAUGAAACUAUAUCUUUUUGUACGAAUCGCGUUGGCGUGGCUUUCAACGAGGUCUUUAAAGACGUCUUUCCGACCUGCUUCGCGUGGUUGAUGUCACGCGUGGUUGUAUUCGACUCCGACGCUAUCGAGAUAAUGCGCAAAUUGACGAAAAAUAUUGACGAAUUUGCGGAUAUGUGCAAUUUCAAUCAACUGCUUCAUUCUCGCCUGCAAGAUGUUCUCGUGGAAUUGAUACGGCGGCUACACGAUGAGGACGAUUUCAAGCGCGUUUUCUCGAUCUCGUGCGUUUACUUUCCGGCAACAGAUCCGCCACAUUAUUCGCGAGCUUUACUGGAUAUAUGUUUCGAUCAUCUGGAAUCACACGGCUUCCUGAAGAUGCGCACAUUGGUCGCCCAGCAAUCAGCAGUGCUGCAGAAGACAUUGUUACAACUCGUGUGCGCCGUUCACUCGUCACGUUGUCGCGAGGGUAAGCUAAAGCGAUUGCAUCAGUACACGUAUUUUUUCACGUGGUUGAUGCGCAAUCUUGCAAAGCCCGUCUUCGACGAAAUGGCCGCGUUUCUGGUUCGGGACGUUUGCUACAGCCUGUUGCAUCUAACCAGGAAUGAUGACGAUGAGACGCUCACCAUGACAUGCUGCAAGUUUCUAAAUCUGUUCUUGAGAUCGGCGCUCCCCGCGAGAGCCGCGGAAGUCCGAGAUAUUCUUCGGUUCAUCGUAGCGAAUUUGAUCGGCUUGGUGCAAUCCGACGCGAAUGGUAUCGGUGAGGUCACCGCGGAUCUACUCAAGUUUCUCAUAGUGGAGCAGAGAGACGUGUUGCGAGAAGCUAUCGCAAAGCUCGGCACGUUCCCAAAUCAAGAGGUCUUUCAGAACGCGAGGAGAAUUCACAAUUCCAUUAGAUCGGAGAACGGAGCUGUGCUAUGCUUUGAAGACGAGCUUGAACAUUUCCUAGAUGCCACGAAUGAAGAAAACGUUGAGUGCACGCUAGAAGAUCUUGUGAAUCUCACGCAGCAGUUGACGAUGAGGAAAAAGGAGCUGCGAGAACUGCACCGAAAAUUGGAAAGACCAUAUCCGGAGAACGAUGCCAGUAUCCUGCAUCGGUUGAUAUUUAGACUUAUUAGAUUGAUGGAAUCAUCUAAUCUACGCGUGUCAUUAGAGGCCACCAAAUGUCUUGGCGAAAUAGGUCCGAUAGAUUCCACAAUGGCCCUACGAACAGCCGGAAAUCUCAUCCGAGAAGCGGACUAUGCAAUAGAAGCUUUGACCUAUCGAUCUGUUACGAUAUUAACGAGUUUUCUUGUGGAAAAUUCAGUGAAACUUCGCAAGGUAAGCGCGGAUGCCCUUUACGCCGUUUUGUCAACCUCCAGUGGUCGAAAAUUAUUCGAUUCCAAAUAUUCGAAAGACCUGUCGAACAUUCUUGACUGCACACCUCUGAAAAUCGACUACAUCCGGCCGUUUGCACACAGUCAUUAUGUCACGCAGACCUCCUUCUGCGUGGACGCUACGAAAUUUCGUAUUGUCAUGAAUUCAAAGAACGCGCUGUGGACGGUGCAAAACAACGAGAAUUAUGCGGAAUGGAUUAUCAAAGUUACCUGUAACAUUGCCGAAUGUUUUGUCGACUCUUAUCUGGAAAGCUUUCUUCCAGUUUGCCGACUCAGCGUCGAAUUCUGUGAGGUGAUCCUACCGAGGAUCAUUUAUCUCGUCAUCCACGAAAAUGCUAGCUUUAUUGAUGCCAUGUGCGACUGUAUCAAUCAAUUCUUCAGGCAACACUUUGCGAUGAGUGAGACAGAGACCAUCGCGUCGCCGACGUCGAAGAGUGACAGCUGUGACCAGAAGAUUGUACGUCGCAUGCUGGAUGUGGUAAAUCACAUCCGCACUCAGCUACCAGAUGGCACAAGCUUAAGACUUGACUAUGUCUAUCUGGCCAAAGCGGCACACAAAUGCUCUGCAUAUUAUACAGCUCUAUUGUUUGUACAACUUGCUUGCGGAUUGAUCUCGACGGACUAUCCAGAUUUCAGCAGUGAUCCGAGGAUCGACUACAUCUAUGAAUGCAAGCCGGAAGUCGGCCGGGUGUUGCAGGACAUCAUGCUGGACACCUAUCUGAACAUCAGCGAUCCGGAUGCUACAUCUGGCGCUGGAGUAUCGCAUGUGCUUAAUCACGACUCCCGCGUGCAAUACUAUGCACGUACCAAUCGCUGGGACAAGGUCAUACUCGCGCAGGACAUUGAAUUGUCUAACCACAAUCAUCCGUCAUUAGCGAACGCCAAGCUGGGAAUGGCAAAUGCACUAUGCCAUUCGGGACUGCAGUUUCUCCAGUGGCAAUUCCUGGGUGAUGGUCUGGAUGAGAAAUUUAGUUAUGAAUGUGCUUGGAGACUCGGCAAAUGGGAUCUACCUGUUAAUGAAACUGCCGCUGUCAAUUAUAACGAUUUUCAAACGCAACAAUUACGACUAGAGUCACUGGAGAAUGCGUUCCACGAGUAUCAUUAUCAUGCAUUGAGAUGCUUCCACGAAAACGAUCAUCGGGGCGUAGAGCGAGCGAUUGAAUGUGGUCGCAUGAGCAUAAUUCAUGAACUACGAGUAAUCAGCCCGGAAAGUAGCAAGAUUGUCAAUCAGAAAUUGUCGCAGCUACGGCUUCUGUGUGAGAUCGAGCAGCUGAGUUGGGCGUCUGAUUCACCAAAAGAGAGAUAUCCGGAGAUUUUACGACGCUGGAACGAGCACGAGAUCAGUUUGACUGGUCAGUUCGAUCAUGUGGAACCGAUCUUGUGGCAACGCAUUACCAUGUUUCACAUACGCGAAUCUCUUCGAACGGAUGCAAACAUGCAGGAGGCAUUCUUUGCUACUUGUCUGGACUUGGCAAAGAUCGCGGAAGGUCAGAGUAAUUUUCCGGUGGCCAACCGAGCACUGAGAACGCUCGAAAUGCAUCAAAACUUAUCUAUGAAUCUGGAAAAUCAAUUACUCUAUCAGGAAUCGCUUUUAGCGUGGAUGAAUGGCGAGCAGCUGGUAGCGCGUCAUUUAUUACGCAAUUUGAUCGAGAAAAAAAACCCAGAGCCAAGCUUGAGAGCAAAAGCUCUGCGGGUCUAUGGUGAUUGGAUGGCAGAAACAAAAUCGGAAAAUCCUCAAGCAGUGAUACAAAAAUAUUAUUUGACGUCCAUCAACAUCAGUGAGACUAUCGAACGAACAUCCGAUGUUAUUAAAAAUCUUUAUGACACACAGGUCGCGCUAGCACGUUUUGCCGAUGCACAGUACGAGCAGAUCACCACAUAUAUGAAUUCUCCUAUGUACGGGGCAUUGAAAGAAUAUGCUCGUAGCAAUACUACAAAUAAAGAGGACCAUGCGAAAAUGAUGAAGAAUCAGGAUUUCAAGCGCGCUGUGAUAAUCAGUCAGAAGCAGUCGACGAAUGACGCAGCCGAAUUAAAGAAUAUCGAGCAGGAAAAACGCAACUACCUCGCGCAGGCUCUAAAGUAUUAUGUAAGAACGCUGCGCGGCAGCGAGGAGCACAAUCUGCUGAUCUUUCGAUUAAUAGCACUUUGGUUGGACAACAUGUACGAAGACGAGGUAAACGAAGAGAUGCUACAUGAGCUGGAUACCAUACCAUCGUUCAAAUUUGUGCCACUAGUGCCGCAAUUAGCUGCCCACGUGAGCAACGAUAUCAAGCAGGCGCAUAACUUCUCCACGCGGAUCUUCCGGAUCCUCGAGCGAUGUGCCCUAGAGCAUCCGUAUCAUACACUGCCCGUGGUGCUGGCGCUGAAGAAUUUGCACUGCGACGACCAAUACGAAUCGAGUUCGAGGGUCGUGAAGAAAGAGGAGCGUCGCGUGCUAGGCGCUAAGAUGCUUCUCAAACGAUUGGCUGGGUCUUCCGUGCGAACGAUCAUUGAAGAAAUGGAAAUCCUGUCACGAGCGCUAGUGAGUUUCGCUUACUGGCAACCCAAGGGAAUAUGUCAUCAGAGUAAACGCUAUUCAAUCUCACGGGAGCAGCCAAUAGUCAAGAUCAAGAAUUUAAAUAACGUUCUUCUACCAACGUUGAGUCUACACGUGAAGCCGUCGGGUAAUUAUAACAAUGUGAUCGGCGUGAGAUCGUAUCAGGAGAUCUGCGAAUUUGUCGGUGGCGUGACUGCGCCUAAGAAGAUCAUCUGCAUCGGCACUGAUGGUGUGCAGCGUCGACAGUUGGUCAAGGGUAAAGAUGACCUGCGACAAGACGCCGUGAUGCAGCAAGUGUUCACUGUGAUGAAUACAUUGCUCCGCACGUGCAAGGAGACACAACGACGAAAUCUGCGUAUCAGAACAUACAAGGUGGUGCCAUUGACGCAGAGAUCAGGCGUAUUGGAAUGGUGUGACAACACAAUGCCCAUCUCAACAACUCUGACAGGGAGUUCGAAUACGCCCGGUAUGCACAAGAAAUAUUAUCCGCGAGACCUAAGUGCAAAUGCGGCUAGAGAGAAAUUGAAGAACGUUGCGCAAGAAUCAAACGAGGUAAAAUUGGCGGUUUUUCUUGAGUGUUGCAAACGUAUGAAGCCGGCAUUUCAUCAUUUCUUCGAAGAGAAAUAUCGAUCGCCCGAGACCUGGGUCGAGAGAACUCUCACGUAUACACGCAGCGUUGCUACCACGUCUAUCGCGGGUUACAUUUUGGGCCUCGGUGACAGACACCUGAGUAACAUUCUCAUUGAUGAACAUACCGCCGAGGUGGUCCACAUUGAUUUUGGUGUGGCUUUCGAGCAGGGCAAGGUGCUGCCUAUUCCAGAGAUGAUUCCCUUCAGGCUAACCAGAGACCUCGAGGUUGCCAUGGGUGCUUCUGGCAUCGAAGGCACCAUGAGACGCAGUUGCGAAGUGACCAUGCAGAUGUUACGCGAUCAGAGACAAAUUAUCAUUACCCUCCUUCAAGUUCUGUUAUACGAUCCGCUCUUCACAUGGGCAAUCACGCCGGAGAAAGCGUGCAAGAUGCAGAGCGAUGUCAUAAGGGGCUUUUCGGAGAAUAGCGGACGAGCGCCCGUGGAAACCAACAAGAUCGCCAAGAGAGCUCUUUUGAGAAUCGAACAGAAAUUGCAAGGCACCGAGGACGGUCUGGUGUCCAGCGUUUCUGGACAGGUCGAGAGACUUCUGCAGGAAGCGCGAGACCCCACGAAUUUGUGUCGAAUUUAUUGUGGCUGGCAGCCAUAUUUGUAAACAUCAGUAAAUAAUAUUCCUAGGAUAAGUUUUAUUUGAUAAUAUACAGUCAAAACUAA